AUGGAGAAGCCCAUGCUCACACUGGGGCUGCUGGCUGCCCUGGUUGUGUGUGGAACCCGGGGCCUGAACCAAGAGGAGCGACUGAUCAAGUACCUGUUUGAGGAGAAGGGCUACAACAAGGAACUCCGGCCGGUGGACCGCAAGGAGGACAGUGUGGACAUCUCUCUGGCCCUCACCCUUUCCAACCUCAUCUCCCUAAAAGAAGUAGAGGAGACCCUCACUACCAACGUGUGGAUAGAACACGGCUGGACAGACAGCCGGCUCCAGUGGGAUGCCAACGAUUUUGGGAACAUCACUGUCCUGCGCCUGCCCCCUGAUAGGGUGUGGCUCCCCGAUAUUGUCCUGGAGAACAACAACGAUGGCUCCUUCCAGAUUUCCUACUCAUGCAACGUGCUCAUCUCUGACUCGGGCUAUGUGUACUGGCUGCCACCUGCCAUCUUCCGCUCCUCCUGCCCCAUCUCCGUCACCUAUUUCCCCUUUGACUGGCAGAACUGCUCCCUCAAGUUCAGUUCACUGAAGUACACUGCCAAGGAGAUCACCCUGAACCUGAAACAGGAGAAGGAAGAUGGCCGCACCUACCCCAUCGAGUGGAUCAUCAUAGACCCUGAGGGCUUCACAGAGAACGGGGAAUGGGAGAUAGUGCACCGGCCAGCCAGGAUCAACGUGGACCCCAGUGCCUCCAUGGACAGCACCAGCUACCAGGACGUCACCUUCUACCUCAUCAUCCGCCGCAAGCCGCUCUUCUACAUCAUCAACAUCCUGGUCCCCUGUGUGCUCAUCUCCUUCAUGAUCAACCUGGUCUUCUACCUGCCUGGCGAUUGUGGCGAGAAGACGUCGGUGGCCAUUUCCGUGCUUUUGGCACAGUCCGUCUUCCUGCUGCUUAUCUCCAAGCGGCUGCCCGCCACCUCCAUGGCCAUCCCGCUCGUGGGCAAGUUCCUGCUCUUCGGUAUGGUGCUGGUUACCAUGGUCGUCAUGAUCUGCGUCAUCGUCCUCAACAUCCACUUCCGGACCCCCAGCACCCACGUGCUGUCCGAGGGCAUCAAGAAGGUCUUCCUAGAGACCCUGCCCAAGUUUCUGCGCAUGUCCCGCCCGUCAGAAGAAGGCCCCGGCCCCAGUGCUCUGAUUCGGAGGAGCAGUUCCCUGGGCUACAUCUCCAAGGCCGAGGAGUACUUCUCACUCAAGUCCCGCAGUGACCUCAUGUUUGAGAAGCAAUCUGAGCGACAUGGGCUGGCCCGGCGCCUCACCACAGCACGCCACCCCCCAGCCAGUUCUGAGCAGGCCCAGCAGGAGCUCUUCAACGAGAUGAAGCCAGCAGUGGACGGAGCAAAUUUCAUCGUCAGCCACAUGAGGGACCAGAACAAUUACAAUGAGGAGAAGGAUAACUGGAACCAGGUGGCCCGCACAGUAGACCGCCUCUGCCUGUUUGUCGUGACGCCCAUCAUGCUGGUGGGCACGGCCUGGAUCUUCCUGCAAGGCGUCUAUAACCAGCCCCCACCCCAACCUUUUCCUGGGGACCCCUUCUCCUAUGAUGAGAAGGACAGGCGCUUCAUGUAGGGUGGGCCUGAAGGGAAAGCCAGCUCCCGGCCUUGUGCUGGGGCCUGGCUGCUGCUGUGAGGCUGAGCUGAGGGUGAGGG